AUUUUUUGCAAGCUGUACGUUUUCGGAACAAUAUGGUUUGAAAGAACAGUUAUACAAAAAGGUAUCUAAGUUAGGUAAAAAUAAAUUAUAAAAUUAUUUUGAUACAUUAGGCACUUUCCUUAGCCGAGUUGAAUUUGGUCUGCUGCUUCUUAUUUGAGUCGUACAUUAUGGAAUAAGACGUAUAAAAUACACCAAAAAGCAGGAUUGCUCGAGAACGGCUUGUGUUGAAGUCAUGGAAAAUUCCCGAAAUCCUUUUUUACGCUUUAUGAAUUCUUUGUAUUAUGUGCUUGAUGCGCCUGUAACCUUUUUCAGAGAAAAAAUUAUUGAGCCUAAUCAGAAGAAAUAUCCAUACUAUCACCAAAAAUUUAGACGAGUGCCAACCAUUGACGAAUGCUAUACUGAUGAUUAUGUUUGUAGAUACGAGGCAAAUCAGCAAUUUCUUCGAGACAAGGACGUUGAAAAUGAGAUUUUAUCUAUUUUAAGACAACGCUAUGAGCAUUGUAAUAACGAAGAUCCAAAUCAAAGAGGAGAAGAAAAGUGUGAAAGUAUGUACGAAUAUUAUAAAGAUGCUGCCGCUGCAUGGUUUGCAAAAUAUGGUGAUCUUGGUCCAAAACCUCAUGUUGUGCAUGCUUUUAUGAAACAGAAACACCGGAUGGUGUGGGAACGUAGACAUGGGCCAGUUGGUUCAGGAUACAAACCAGAAUAUAAGAUUAAACCCGAUGAUUAGUUAAUUUUCAUUAAUAUUUAUUAAUAAAAAUUAAUAAUU